ACAUAGCAAGCGUAUACUAGGUGCUCUUCGUCAGUUUAAGUUAAAAGGCCAAGAGGCCUUCUCUAUCCUGCACUGGUGUAGUUGCGGCAGUUCAAGUUAUUCAUUCAACCAUGUUGACUGCAUCGACUUUAACGCUGCUAACGUUUAUAUUUUUUGCGCUCGACCCCACGCAUGGUGGACAUUAUGGUGGUUACGGUGGAGGUGGAGAAUCCUAUAAAAGUUACGGCUAUGGAGGAUCUCAUAAAAGUUUCGACUUUGGAGGAUCCCAUAAAAGUUUCGGCUAUGGAGGAUCCCAUAAAAGUUACGGCUAUCCUAUAAAGACUAUAGUGAAGCACAUUCCCAAACACAUUCCCAUACAUAAACAUAUUCCUGCCCCAAUACCGGUACCGGUACCGAAACACGUUAGUUUUUUAAAACCUUUGCAUUUAGCAAAAUUUAUACCUGUACCACAUGUAAUACCGGUGAUCAAACAUUUUCACAAACCUGUACCUGUUCUAAAAUCGAUACCCAUACCACACACUAUACCAAUACCUAAAUUAGUAGCACUUCCCAUAAAGAUCAAGAUACCCAAACCUGUAGUAGUACCAGUUGCUAAACCUUAUCCCAUUCCCAAACACGUGCCUAUACCGGUACCGAUACACAUACCGAAGCCGUAUAUCGUGCCCAUCUACAAGACUGUGCCUGUUCCCGUGCCAAAAAAGAUACCCAAGCUCAUCAAAAUCAUCAAGGAGAUUCCAGAAAUCAUCAAAAAGCCAGUUCCAGUUUUCAUCGACGAUGCUCAUGAUGGAUACCAUGGAGGCAAAGGAAAAGGAGGAGGAGGAGGAGGAGGAGGAGGAGGAGGCGGAGGCGGAGGGUAUGGUCUUGACAAACAUGGUGGUGGCUAUUAGGACAACAUGCAUCAUGAAAAUUUGGAAUGAAGCAUGAUUUAAAUACGAUUUAGUUACUAAAAUAUUCCUAAUAAAACUCGGAAACUUUCUUUCGGUUUAUGGUAAGUUCUUUGCUUCAUCUUUAUCUGUGUAGGUUCCAUGUAGGUGGGGAAGCCGAUAUCCUUCUGACCUUCGGAAAGCACUCUUAAUUUUGGAAAGCAUGCUUCUUUCAAGGAUCCUCAUACCAAAGCACCUUUAUUCAUUAUUUUUUUUCUAGUAGCAACUGUAGUUCUUUUCUAGUUCCAGCAUUAAGUUGCCUUCUUCACUAUGCACAUGACACACUUUAUUAACCAAGUCAACGGUUUUCCUUAUUUGUUUCGGCCGAAACUGGUUGUAUUUUAUGUACGUGAAUCGUUUAAAAGAAGGACAAUAAUCUUAAUUUAUUUUUUUUCAAGUGACUUUUAAAAUAUUAUUAUAAAUUUGUGCUUUUAUUUGUCACUCAGGGCAAUCUGUCUAUUGUAUCACUUUCCAAGAAAAGCACAAAGUUCUGUAGAUGUAUAAGCAUAAUUCAUAUUUAUAUUUUGUCAAUAUUUAUGUUAACAGUAUUUUUUUCAUAUAUAUCUAAGUAA